AUGCCCUCUCACACGUCUUCCUCGUCUCGUCACUCUCACGGCAGCAGCUCCCGCAAGAACGAUGUUUAUCUCGGUCGCGACGGUGAUGGUUCGAGCUCAUCCCGCCGGCCCAAGUACGUCCAGGAAAAGAAGUGGUACUGUGCCUGGUGCAACUUUGGGCCCAUGGACUGGACGUAUGACUCCAGCUGCCUCGAGUGCCGAAGACAUCGCGACCAGUAUUGCCGCGUCGAGUAUAGAACGCGCAAGAGCCACGUAACCUAG